AUGAUUUUCAAUCUUGUCGCGCUGUCCCUUCUUUUCAGCAGCAGUCUCGCUGUUCCACUGGAGGUUGAUAUUGAGAAACGUAUAACCUGCCCUGGUGUUCAUGUAUUUGGUGCUCGUGAGACCUCUGUAUCUCCAGGAUAUGGCUCGUCUAUCACCGUUGUCAAUGGCAUCCUGAGUGCCUAUUCGGGCUCCACAUCCGAGGCGAUCAGCUAUCCGGCAUGUGGUGGGCAAUCCUCUUGUGGAAGCGUGAGCUAUUCCAGUUCAGUUGCUCAAGGUAUUCAAGCAGUCGCCUCGGCUGUGAACUCCUACAAUUCGCAAUGCCCUCAGACAAAGCUUGUUCUCGUCGGAUACUCCCAGGGUGGUGAAAUUAUGGACGCUGCAUUAUGCGGCGGUGGUGUCCCUAACCAGGGCUACACUAACACUGCCAUCCCGCUGUCAUCGUCUGCUGUCAAUAUGAUCAAAGCAGCUAUUUUCAUGGGUGACCCGCUGUUCAAAGCUGGCUUAUCGUAUGAGGUUGGAACUUGUGCUGCAGGUGGUUUCGAUGCACGCCCCGCAGGAUUCUCAUGCCCAUCGGCGAGUAAGAUUCAAUCGUAUUGCGAUGCUGCCGAUCCGUAUUGCUGCAAUGGAAGUAAUGCCGCAACCCACCAGGGCUAUGGAGCCGAGUACGGAUCACAGGCCAUAGCUUUUGUCAAGUCAAAGUUGUCCUAG